AUGCAGGUGCCCGACUCGACUUUACACUACCGCCGGUCCCCCUCCCCUAUUCCCAUCCCCCUCUCGCCCCCACCCGCGAUCCGCCUACCCCUAUCGCCCGAUGGCCCCUCAGACAACCCCGUACCUGUACCAUGGCGGCAGCUCGCCCCUCUCCUCUUCUUUUCGGUAUCGGACGCGAUGACCUACGCGGUCAUAUUCCCUAUCAUCAGCGAUAUGGUGACCUCUUUCGGCGUCCCACCAGAUAAGAUCGGGCUAUACGCGGGAAUAGGCGAGGGAGUGAUGAUGCUGGUCGAAGCCAUAGCAGCGCCAACAUGGGCGAGGCUGGCGGACAAGUACGGGCGGCGACCCGCUCUGAUAGCUGGGUUCUCUGUCUGCAUGUUCGUCUGCCCCUUGGUUGGAUUCAGUGGGGCGGUUUGGCAUGUGGUACUAUGGAGAGCAUGCCUCGGCCUGAACUCUGGAGGAGUCGUCACCAAGCUCAUCGCGACCGAGCUAUCCCACACCUCCAAUCGCGCCCAGAUCUUCUCCAUCCUCUCACCGUCCUUCUCCAUCGGCAUGCUCUUUGGCACCUUCCUCGGCGGCGAGCUGGCACAUCCGUACGGCCGCCUCCCGUCCUGGCUUGGCGGUGCAAGCGAGUUCUGGCGGCGGCAUCCAUUUGCGCUCCCCUGCAUCCUCGUCGGCGUGAUAGACGCCAUCGCCGUUGUCGUCGGCCUGCUCUUCCUCGUCGAGACCAAGCGCGCAUCCCAAUCCGGUUCAGGCUCCGAGAAGCACCAACCCAAAAGCCAAUUCUCGGCGGCCCUCAAAGUACCCGGCUUUGUACUCAUGACGGUCGUCUUCCUCCUGUUCCAGGUCUCUACCUUUUCAUGGGAUGGGAUGUACACCGUCUUUACGUAUACCCAGCCAGCACAGGGUGGGCUGGGUCUACCGGUAGAUACGAUCGGCCUCCUCUAUUCCGCAAACUACCUCUUCUCAUUCGCCAUGAACCCGAUCUUCCUCCCAAAGAUGCAGAAGCGCUUCGGGUCGACACUGGCGCUGGGCAUUGUAUUGGCGAUGUGGCCGACGCUGGCGCUGCUCAUCCCCAUAACACAAUGGACGGCGGUACAUGCCAGGUGGGCAAUGUGGGGAGUCCUGCUUGUGCAGUUGAUCAUGCGUGCGGUGGGGGCAUUCGGAUGGGCGAUGUGCGAUAUCCUCACCAUGACUCUGUUUGACGAUUACCCAGAUCUCAUGGCGACCGCCAGCGCCAUCAGUAUCAUCAGCGGGGCUGGCGGAAGAGCUAUCGGUCCGGCAGUGUCCGGUUGGCUAUUCUCCAUCUCAACCCAGUACCCAGCGGGCAGCCUCCUCCGCCAAAUUUCAUGGAUGUACAUGGUCGCAGUGACAAUACCGGCGGUGCUGCUCGUCCGCUUCAUUCCGAGGGACGGGUCGAGACCGAGCAAGGAGGAAUACGAGGCGGUACCGAUGCUAGAAGCAAGUGAGCGGGAGGCAAAUGAUGGGCCAAAGCGAGCUCGGACGAGUGCCAUGGAGGUGUAG